AUGAAGCCAAAGUUCAAGCUUACGACAGAGGUAUCCAAGAAGAAGCUGAAGGUGAAGGCUUCAGCUUCUUCUAGGAGACCUCUGUCGCAGGCGGAGAAAGUUGAAGAAGGAAUCUUCCAAGUAGAGCUAGAAUGAGAAGAACAAGGAGAACUAUUUCGAGUUGAAGUUCAACUCCAAACUCAACCUCAAGCUGAACAUCCCACGUAGAGGCAGAAGAAAGACCUAAAGCUCGAAAAGGCCUUCAUGAAAAAAUAAGUUCCAACUCCUGUUGGACUGAAGCUCAAGCAGGAACCUUACAAUUAGUCAGAAAAAAAAAUACUCGAGCAAAUUUUCAAGAUUAAGCAAGAAUAAAGAAGAAGCUGAACUUAAAGCUCAAAAUGUAUCUUCCGAGGAAAGUCAGGAAAAAGAGGUCUUCCAAGUAAUGCACCACUGGAAAAAAAAAGAAAUCUAAAAGAGCCGAGGCAACCUCAAGAAGUAGAAGCUCAACGACAAGAUCGUGAUUCGCCAGGUGGACGUCAGAAAAAAGAGAUCGACCUUUGAAAGACCCAAGCCAUUCUUAAGAAGCUGAAGCUCCUUCAAGCUCAAGGAGACAGUCUCGAAGUUGAAGCUGAAGAAGACCUCAAACUGGACCUCAAUCUCAAAUCCAAGAAGGAGCCUUUCAAGUGA